CCUCACCUCCAGCUCUACGUCACUCCUGAGCUUCCUCUUCCCGUCCUUCCUCUCACCCUCCUCUUCGCCCACCCUCACACACACACACACCAUGCGUGAAGUGCUCUCGCUGCACGUCGGCCAGGCCGGCAUCCAGAUCGGCAAUGCCUGCUGGGAGCUCUACCUCAACGAGCACGGCCUCACGCCCGACGGCCGCGUCACCGAGGGCUCGCCGUCGGAGAACGACGACGGCUUCAGCACCUUCUUCAGCGAGACGGGCAGCGGCAAGUACGUGCCGCGCUCCAUCUACGUCGACCUCGAGCCCAACGUCGUCGACGAGGUGCGCAACGGCACGUACCGCAGCCUCUUCCACCCCGAGACGCUCGUCACGGGCAAGGAGGAUGCGGCGAACAACUACGCGCGCGGCCACUACACCGUCGGCAAGGAGCUCAUCGACCAGACGCUGGACCGCGUGCGCAAGCUCGCCGACGCGUGCAGCGGCCUGCAGGGCUUCUUCGUCUUCCACUCGUUCGGCGGCGGCACCGGCUCGGGCUUCGGCUCGCUGCUCCUUGAGCGCCUGGCGCAGGACUACGGCAAGAAGGCCAAGCUCGAGUUCAGCGUCUACCCGGCGCCGAUGAUGAGCAGCAGCGUCGUCGAGCCGUACAACAGCGUCCUCACGACGCACACGACGCUCGAGAACUCGGACUGCUCCUUCAUGGUCGACAACGAGGCCAUCUACGACAUCUGCAAGCGCAACCUGGGCAUUGCGUCGCCCGGCUACUCGAACCUCAACCGCCUCAUCGCGCAGGUCGUGUCCAGCAUCACGGCCUCGCUGCGCUUCGACGGCUCGCUCAACGUCGACCUCAACGAGUUCCAGACGAACCUCGUGCCCUUCCCGCGCAUCCACUUCCCGCUGGCGACGUACGCGCCCAUCAUCAGCGCCGAGAAGGCCUUCCACGAGCAGAACAGCGUGGCGGAAAUGACGUUCUCGAGCUUCGAGAAGGGCAACCAGAUGGUCAAGUGCGACCCGCGCGACGGCAAGUUCAUGGCGUGCUGCCUGCUGUACCGCGGCGACGUCGUGCCCAAGGACGUCAACACGGCCGUGGCGGCGAUCAAGACGAAGCGCACGAUUCAGUUUGUCGACUGGUGCCCCACGGGCUUCAAGAUUGGCAUCUGCAACGAGCCGCCGAGCCUGGUGCCCGGCGGCGACCUGGCCAAGGUGUCGCGCUCGCUCUGCAUGCUCGCCAACACGACGGCCAUUGCGGCGGCGUGGAGCCGCCUGGACCGCAAGUUUGACCUCCUCUACUCGAAGCGCGCCUUUGUGCACUGGUACGUCGGCGAGGGCAUGGAGGAGGGCGAGUUCAGCGAGGCGCGCGAGGACCUCGCCGCGCUGGAGAAGGACUACGAGGAGGUCGGCAUGGACACGGCCGCCGAGGGCGACGAGCUCGAGGCCGAGGAGUACUAAGAGACAUGUGCGAGGCCCGCUUGCGGCUCAUCGUCUCGCACGAAGCCGAGACAAUGUGCGAGGCCGGCCUGCGGCUCAUCGUCCCUUCUUGGCACUCUUCACCCACUCCUUGCCCUCGUGGCAUUCCGCUGCUUUCCCUUUCAAUCUGACGCCUCGAAUGAGGCACCCUUUCUCCCC